GACUCAGACGGUGAGCGCAGCGAGAGCCGAAGCAGAGAAGAUCCGGCUGCUCGGGGAGGCCGAGGCUCACGCUCUGGAAGCAGUCGGGGUGUCGGAAGCCGAGCGUAUGCGUAUGAAGGCGACGGUUUACAAGAAGUACGGAGACGCGGCGAUACUCAACAUCACUUUGAACGCCCUGCCGAAGAUCGCAGCCGAAGUCGCGGCACCGUUAGCGAGAACGGAAGAGAUCGUCCUUCUCGGUGGCAGCGACACGACCAGCGGAGAGCUCACGCGUCUCGUAGGGCAAGUACCUCCAGCUGUACAUGCAUUGACUGGAGUAGAUCUUUCCAAAGUAUUAGGGAAAAUACCAGGCGCAAAGUAAGUACUUCGGAGUCCUGCCAGUGUGAGUUGUGAGCAGCGACGACCGGGCGAACGAAUAUGAAGGGAAACCGGUUUCGAGGAAGGGGCAAAAUCUGUACUGCCAAACUGUUUCUCCGCUACUCUAUUACCUAGCGACGACACUCUCCGCUUUUUUCUCUUUCCCGAAUUUUGCUCUACCUCAAGUCUAGCUACCGAAGUAGCGCCACGCGGACACGUGUGUGUGUCAUUCUUCGUCUCGCGCGCGCAUAUGUCCGUUCGUGUUGUGUGCGUUUCGCGCGGAACGUUCUUUACUUUAAAACGAGGCGCGUCUACGACGCGCGGACGAGCGUCUUUUCGUUCGUGCGACGCCGUUGCGAUCGAGAUUCUCGGGUGGCGCGGGAACAGAGCGAGCGGAAUCGCAAUGCGUCGUACGAACAGAGCAUUUCAACCGCGGUAGUUCCAAAAGUUUCGCUGUUUUAUCCCUUUUACAUUGUUGACAUCGUUCCGAAAAUUGACGACAAAAAAGAGACACUGCCCAUGAUGGUCAUUAUGCCUAAGGUGGGAACGAUUACGAGUGCGUUGCGUUCACACAGCUGUUAUCGGUGGGACGCAUGAUCGAACCACGGUACUUGCCUCGUGAUCGAAAAUAUAUUGCCAACCGCGUUCGUUGAUCGUUCGAUGGGAGGAGCAGAAAAUCGCAAUAAACACCACACAUUCGUCCGCUCGCAUAAAUAUAUAUUUUUACUACACAGUAGGGAUGGGCGAUUUGGAGGGAAUGGGGGGAAUCAAUGUGCAAAUAAUCGGUCAUUUCUUCUUACAACUCGUGGAAUAUAGUCGUGGAUUAUUUUUUAGUCUUUUUUACAACUGCGUUUGUGAUAUCGGAUAAAUUGUAAUUGAUAGUGUUUAAUAGUAAAAGUAUGUGAAAGCACCGCCGAUUAGAAGGAGAAAAAGAAAAAGAAAACGAGAGAGAGAGAGAGAGAGAGAGAGAGAGAGAGAGAGAGUCGUACUACUUCAGGAUAGAAAGUCUAUUCGACUUGUUUCGAGUCGUAUUGCAUACACUACAUACGAAAAUCACAGGAUCAUCUUUCUUGAUCGUGGACAAAGUUUAACGGACUGUAACUUCCGUACAAAUGAAGAUAAUAACGUGUUUCACAAAGUAUUUUACAGCUCGGUGUCUCUGGUUUUCAGAUUUAUCUUAAAAUUUAAUGUUUACUUCUUUCUUCCGAUGUUGAACAUAAACUACAUUUUUAAAGCAAAAUUCCGUCAAAUGUUAACAUUGGUGAAAUUUGCCUAUUUGCAUUGUGUGAGUAGAGAAUAAUACAUAAGUGACGUUUGAGUUAAAAGGGCGAAUUUUCUACUUUAAGAACUCGGCUGAAAGUUGAGGUUGAAAAUUGAACUAGCGUCAUUUCUUAUUUAACUCGAUGUAUCUUAACGUAAAUUAACAGCAACAUUAUGAUCUUGACAUGUCUGUAAACUAGAUACUUCAAGCUUUAAGGUACUUUUUGAACCGUCUCAUUAUCUUUGUUUCUCCCGAAGUGACAGCUCGUUUAAGAUUCCGUCUAUAUUUUAUAUGUAAAGUGUACGUCUGAUUUAUUAUUGAGUCGCACUACUUCCUCGAUUUGUCGUGAGGUACAGUAGCGCUCCGUAACAGAGACUUCGGAACUAAAUAUCAUAGUCCAUACCCAAGAUUCAAAUCUUCUUUAACUCACCGAUCACUUAGCUGAGACUCAAGCCUUUCUGGCAAGCUGCUAACUCUAAUUUUAAUAAUUAAUAUCUCGAAAAAUUAAAUAAAUUCGACAAAACCCUUAACAUGGUUUGAAUAUUUUUCAAUAUAAUUUUACCGUAUUUAAUUGCCAUUUUCGGAAAUACGCUUACCCAUCACCGCUCAAUUAAAUACAGCAAAACUCCAUGGAAAAAAGUAUUUGACCCGUAUCGAGUGUUUCGUUGAAUUCAUUUUCAUAUAUUAAUUAUUUUAAUUUUAAUUAUUCUUUUAGUUUUCAGAUAUAAAUUAUUAAAGUUAGAUCUAGCCGUUCGCCAAAAGGUUUGAGUCUCGGCUAAGUGAUCAUGAAUGUCGGUUGAAAAAGGUUCGAAUCUUGGGUUGGACGUCGACAUAUAGUUCCAAAGUCUCCGCUACGAUGCGCUACCGUAUUUCACAACGAAUCGAGAAAGUAGUGCGACUCGAUAAUAAGUCAGGCAUACUUAUAUAAAACACAAACGCUUGCUGAAUUAUAUAUGAAUUUUGCCCAUACAUAUAUGAUUAUAUACGUACAUAUCGUAUAGACAUAUAUGAUCAUAUACGUCUAUACGAAAAAAAUGAUGCUUUGUCAUUUAUUAAUUAAAUGUCGAUAUCAUGUGUUGUCAGAAGCACAAGUAAGCCGGAAGCAUUUACUUCGAUUGUGUUUGUAUAUAAUUUAUAAACGACAGUAUUUUUUCGUUACGGAUAUAUAUGAUUACAUAGUCAUAUAUAGGCAAAUUUUAUUUGAUAUGAUCUUUUCUCUCCCCCGGAUAUCUGCUACGGUAUUCUGAUCGAAUCCGCUGCCGAUCUGCUGGCGUACUGCUAACAUUUCGCUCACCGGGCUCACCUGCUUUUCGUGAUCGUGCGAGAUGAUCCUUCAAGUUUUGCGCGUGGUGCAACACAACUCAGGCAUCAGUCGAGACUUCUUGUUUUCAAAUAACAAAUGAAAUACGCCAGACAAGUAGAACACAUCACCCAUCUCUCCUGUUACAUACUAAAUACUUUUUACAUAUUAGAGAAAUACGCGGCGCGUCACAAAUUUCACCACAAAGCGGCAUCGUUAGCCGGGGGGGGGGGGGGGGAUUUUCUUGCGGGAGAGAUCGCGAGCUUCGCGAAGGUGCGUGUUCCGAGUGCACAAAAAAAAAGUGGCGCCGAAUAUAUCUAUUCAACGGGAAACAAGCCUAUCGAAUCACUGCCGAAACCGAGAAUCCUUUCUGCUCCUUCCACGGUCCUUCGGUUAUUCUCGAAAACGUCUAACGUAUACAAAUUCAGGUCUGAUAUACGGGAUACAUGAUGAUGUAUCGCUGAGUCGCGCGCAGAGGAGAGGUCCUUCUAAAUUUCACGAGGCACGAACGAUCGCUUAAUCGAUAUAUCAGCAACGAGUCUAUGUGUUCCACCGGUAUAUGGAGAACGGACAGCCAGCCAGCCGCUAAUCAAUAUAUAUAUAUAUAAAUAUAUAUACCGAAAUUCGAAAUUUCAAUAUAACCAAUGUGAUUAAAAAGAGUUUCGAUCAUUGUGUUCAAUGUAAUUAAGUAACUUAACGGACGAGGAGAAGGAUGAGUUAGACGUUCAGCGCGGUUCAGGACCGGUGCACCACAGCUGCACCGUGGUCUCUCGUAGUCUCUGUACAUACUUAUAGUCACCGUAUGUAUAAAUAGUCAAGAAGUUUCUAUCUCCCCCGUGGAAACGGAAGGAAGGAAGGAGUGGAAGAGUGUGCGCCACGCGCGCGGCGUACCUCGAGAUUUAAAAGCAAAAAAAA